CUCAAGGCUAAGAUCAGAACAGCAAGUGUCUCUCUCACCAUGCAGGAGGGAGCUGCCAGCCUGGCAUGCCUCAACUUGCUGUGGGCACUUAUGGCCUCCACUGGUCUUGGAACCAGCAUGGCCCAGACAGUCACCCAGUCUCAAACAGAAAUGUCUGUGCAGGAGGCAGAGACCACCACCCUGGACUGUACUUAUGACACUAAGGAUAGCAAUUAUUAUUUGUUCUGGUACAAGCAAACUCCCAGUGGGCAGAUGAUUCUAAUUAUCCGCCAAGGAGUUUAUAAGCAAGAGAAUGCAACAGAGAAUCGCUUCUCAGUAAACUUCCAGAAAGCUGCCAAGUCCUUGAGUCUCAAGAUCUCAGACUCACAGCUGGGAGAUGCUGCUGUGUAUUUCUGUGCCCUCUCAAAUAGCGGGUAUACCCUCAACUUUGGCAAAGGCACCUCACUGUUGGUCACACCCGCCAUCAAGGACCCUGACCCCACUGUGUACCAGCUGAGAGACUCUAAAUUCCGAAAUACCUCUGUCUGCCUAUUUACCGAUUUUGAAUCUCCAAUCAAUGAGACAGAAGGCACCAAAGAUUCUGAAGUGUUUAUUUCCAAAAACCCUGUGCUGGACAUGAGGUCCAUGGAUUCCAAGAGCAACGGUGCCUUGGCCUGGAGCAACAAAAUUGACUUCACAUGUAGGAGUGCCUUCACCCAGAACGCCUCCUUCCCCAGCCCAGAGGUUCCCUGCAAUGCCAAGUUGAUAGAGGAAAGCUUUGAAACAGAUAUGAACCUAAACUUUCAAAACUUGUCAGUGAUGGGGCUCCGCAUCCUCCUCCUGAAAGUGGCCGGCUUUAACCUACUCUUGACGCUAAGGCUGUGGUCCAGCUGAGGUCAGCAAGACUGUAAGAACCUGAGCUCCCUUCAGUCUUCCUCCUCCUUUUUCCUCCUCUUCUUCAAGCAACGGGACUCUCCCACCUCCAUGAAGAAGAUGGUUUCAUUGCCUCUCUGGCCCCACUGGCAAAGCUACCAACUGGAUCUACCAAAAUUUGUCAUGAAGAUUGCUGAAGAGCUGCCAAAUGCUGCUGCCACCCCCUCCAUUCCCAUACUGCUGCUUGUCACCGUUCACAGCCAAAGUAGGGGCUGCUGCAGCCUCUCCUGGCUAUGGAGAAUCCCUCCCCCUCCCCAGAGACUGCCUCUGAUGGAUCCCCCAUGGGGUUUCUUAGACCUCAGUUCCUGAAGAAUGUUCCCUAGUUUUUAUUUUUUAAAUAGUGUUCAUAAAGAAAUAGUUUAUUAUUCUUUUUCUCAAGAUGGUGGGGGGAUUAGCUCAUUAUCUAGGUCCCGCUAUGCUAUGUAUCUGAGGCACAUUGUGUUUUAUUCUGCUACUCAUGGCUUCAUUAAAAAAUGAUUUAGAAGAGCA